AUGAAUUUUGUUCUUAUUUGGUAUUCUUCUGAUUCUAUAUUCUUUAAUUUAACAACAAGUAAAGGCAAACCAAUACGGUUGUUUGACUUUGUGAAAUCAAAAGGCUGUUGUAAUUGUGGACGUAAAGGACAUACUGUUGAUGAUUGUCGUCACCAACCUUUGAAAUCUCAUUUUAUUGGUCCUUUGCCAAGGAGAAGAGUGUUGGUUUAUGAUAAAAAAGAUAUAUAUAAAUCGAUUCGCUUAAAGUUAACCAAAUUACGUGAAAAGAAAUCCAAAUGUAAAAAGAUCUUAGAGAAGGUAGAUAAUUGUAAAGUAAUCGAUAAUGAAAAUGAAUACCAAUUGUGUAAACAUCCCAAAUCAUCUAAACAAAGAAAACAAAAAUGUAAAAAAUUAGACAACCGAACUAAUUGUUCGUCUUACAAUAAAUCUUGUAAAUCAAUCAAUCAAAAGAAAUUACAAAAGGUCAUGGAACAAGAAUUACCAUAUAAAGCUUCUUCAUCUCCAUAUAUGAGUAAUUUGAAACAAAAGGCCAUAAAACAGCGAAUGGAUUUUGCAAAGUGGGACGUUCUACCGUCACUUGAAAUUGAAAAAACGAAGAAGAAAAGGAAAAAAGUUAAUAAUGAAAAUCGGAAGUUAAAGUCCCAAAGCGUUCUAUUAUCUCAUCACGAAUUUUCUUCAUCGUCUUCAUAUAAUUUCAAUGAAAUUUCAGACAACUUUUCUAUCACAAAAAGAACUAGAAAAAGACGAAAGUCAAGUGGAUUUUAGCCGUUCGGUUUUUCUAGUUUAUGAUAUGUUAAUCGAAAUAACUGAUAAAAACUGGAUUAGCCUAAUUGGAUUAAUUGAAACUUUGCAAACUAAUUGGAUAUACUUAUUUUGGAAUACGAGAUGUCCAACCAAGGUAGUAUAACUUUUUAGAUGAUAAAUGAUUAAUGAUAAAUGAAAAUGUAGCUCACAGGGAAACCAGUCGCUUUUCACUUCUGCUAAUCACAUUAGUUUACUAUAACUUCAAGUUGUUAGCAUUCGGUACGUGUCACACUACCACUAGACAAUAUCAAAAUCCUUACUUUUGUGCUAAUUUUUUUCUAUUGCACGAAAAGUACUAUUCAGUUCAAUAAUAAAUAUAUGUUUUGUUACAUUCCAAUGAGUACUGUUUAAACUUGUGUUAAUUUAAUUCGGUUAUUUAUUUACUCUGAAGCAGCGGCUUACAAUAAGUCACGGAAUGUCAGAAAUACAAUUUUUCUACUCAUUGGACUUUAACGAAAGACAUAUUAAUUAUUAACUUUCUACCCAAUGCUCAAUUUAUUUGAAAUUAUCAAGUCCAACCUUGACAUUGAUACCUACUAUUUAGUUUCUCAUAGUUCUAAAAACAAAGUCAAUUAAAAUCUUCCAUGUAUUGAUAUAUCUAUGGCUUCAACUGUUACUAUCGUUUCUUUGUUGGAUACGUUAAUAGUGUAUGGUUGGAAGUGAUAAGUAGUUGUACUUGUGACUUUACUGCAGUUUGAAAAUCGUAAACUGUUUACUUCCAUAUUAUUGUAUUAAUCGAUUGUGAUAUUAAGCUUUAUGGUCACAAGAUGCAUGGAUUGUCGCAUCGAGGGUAAAGUUGUGAAGUAUGAGGUAAAUAUGUUAGGUGGUGAAAAUAAUUACCAGAGCGCCAUACGUGAUUAAUGUUCAGUACUAGUACACCUAUCAGCAAGGCAUCUACAAUCUUGGAUAAACCAAUACUUCCUGUUGUGUUUACACAUACAUUUCUCGAUUUCACAGUUAUUCUAGCUGCGACUGACCUUUCUAAAUUACUCUGAAACCCCGUUGUGUCCAUACUUCGCCACUUUCACCCACAUUCAGUAACCCAGUUAAUUGAAAUCACUGCUAUUUGUACUAUCCCACUGUGUAUCAUCGUAAGAAGCCUGAAAACUACUCAAAUUCACUCUUAACGGAUAUUUUGAUUUCUUAUACUGUACUAACUGGGUGACAGUCUUGAUAAGUUAAAUUUUGAGUUUUUCUUUAUGAAGAUAUGUCAUUGCUAAAACAUAUAUGGAGUGUUUCAGUCUAGUCAUUUCUUCAACGUUGUUGAAUUAUCCCUAUUAAUCUUUUAUGGUCAAUCAAUUAGACUUGAUGGAUAUUUUACGGUAGUUUCCUAAUUGUUUUUUUCUUUUAGGUCUUCGGAAGACACUCAUAAAGCAAGUACUUCAUAUUCACCAUUUCAAAAUACACACCAAACUCCAUUAAGGAAAUCGAAAAAGAAAUAUUUCUCUCAAUCUGUAACUUCGUAAUGUGAAUUAAGUUGUAUAAAUUGUUUACCUUAUAUAUAAAUAUGAUAAA